UCUCCAUAUUUUUCGUUCAAUAUUUGUGUAUUACGGAUCACCACACGACCAUUUCUUUCUCUCUCUUCUUCAUGCUAACAUUUUCUUUUCCAUAUUUCAAUCUUCUUCUGUUACCCUUCCAUACAUCUCUAGUCAUAAUCCCAACACAACCCUUUAAUUUGUACCUUUUCUUAGGGCUUGUUUCUUUGUUUCUAACUAGGAGGUGGUGGUUUGCCACCUUUGAUGUCUUUGACUAUUGGAGUGAUCUUCAAACUCCAAUUGCAAAAACAUGGAUUCUGAUCGUGACAUAUCCAGUGAUCAUGAAGAAAGUGGCAAUGAGCCAAGGAAAGACAUUAGUAGACACAUGAGUGAAAGUUCUAUUGCUGCCACCGAAGAGGACGACGACGACGUAGAGAGGAAGAUUGAUUUAGGUCCUCAGUUCACUUUGAAAGAACAACUUGAAAAGGAUAAGGAUGAUGAGAGCUUGAGGAAAUGGAAGGAACAACUUCUUGGAAGUAUUGACAUGAAUUCUGUUGUUGGAGAAACUCUGGAGCCAGACGUGAAGUUUCUGAGUCUGGCGAUAAAAUCGGAAGGUAGAGAAGAUAUGAUUCUACCUGUACCAGAGACAGGAAAUCCAAACGGUUUAUGGUUUACAUUGAAAGAAGGUUGUCGUUAUAGGUUGAUGUUCACAUUCCAAGUAAACCAUAAUAUAGUUUCUGGUCUUAAAUACACCAACACUGUUUGGAAAACUGGCCUCAAGGUUGACAGCACUAAAGAGAUGAUAGGGACAUUCAGCCCUCAAGCAGAACCUUACACGCAUGAAAUGCCAGAAGAAACAACACCAUCUGGGUUAUUUGCCAGAGGGACAUACUCUGCUAAAACUAAGUUUGUGGACGAUGACAAAAAGUCUUACUUGGAUAUCAACUACACUUUUGAUAUUAGGAAGGAUUGGCUUUAGUUUCUGGAUGGAUUUUUUUAAGUUGCUUUUCAGUUGUUUAUUUAUUUAUUUCUAAUUAUGUAUGAGAUCAGAAAUCUUAACAAUGAUCACAGAGUUUAGGAAGAAAUCAAAGUGAUAUUCGUUUGGCACAUAACUGUCAAUAAAAUUGAAUUUGUCUCUGUGCUCUAA